GCCAAUCCGGAGCGGAGGCGGGGCCCACGGUUGCUUCGGUUGAGUGGAGAGAAAGUGGAAAGUGUGGGGGGAAAAAAAUACCUGAAUGGACGAUCUGGAAUAAAUCUCAAAUACUUCAUCUCCCUCCCCCUCCCCCCCGCUGUGACUCUCAUACCCACCAUCCUCUCCCAGUCCGUCGUCCUCCUCUCUGUAGCCUCCCCCCUGCUCCCCCACCUCCCCUCUUCUCCGUCCCUCCUCCUCAUCAGCCUCCAAGAUAGAUUCCCUCAGGAGCAAGGUUGACCUGCUCAAGCUGCCUCUGACCCUCUCCACCAAGUCCAUCUCCGAGCGCAAGAGCCAGCUGGGAGGAGCCGGCGAGCGGCGCAGCACGGGUGGAGGAGGCGGGGCUCGCACAGCCCGCUCACCGCCGACCCGAGACAUGGACAACGAGUCGCAGUAUUCGGGCUACUCAUACAAGUCGUCUCACUCCCGAAGCUCCCGAAAGCACAGGGACCGGAGGGACCGGCACCGCUCUAAGAGCAGAGACAGCAGCAGCCGUGGAGACAAGUCGGUCACCAUCCAGACGCCCGGAGAACCGCUGCUGGACGCAGAAUCGACCCGAGGAGACGACAGGGAUGAUAACUGGGGAGAGACCACCACUGUCGUGACGGGCACCUCCGAACACAGCCUCUCCAAUGAGGACCUCACCCGCGUCACCAAAGAUCUGGAGGAGUCGACGCCGCUGGAGUGCAAGCGCUUCAUCGGCCCGGUGCUCGGAGGCUGCCUGAGCUUCUUUGCUCUGAUCACGCCGCUGGCCUUCCUCGUCCUGCCGCAGGUGCUGUGGCGAGACGUCCUGGAGCCCUGCGGCACUCCCUGCGAAGGGCUUUACGUCUCCCUCGCCUUCAAGCUCCUGGUCCUGCUCAUCUCCUCCUGGGCGCUGUUCCUCCGCCCUCCCCGGGCCACCCUGCCGCGCUUCUUUGUCUUCCGCUGCCUGCUGAUGGUGCUGGUGUUCCUGUUCGUGGCGUCCUACUGGCUCUUCUACGGCGUGCGGGUGCUGGAGCCCAGGGAGAGGGACUACCGGGGCAUCGUGGAGUAUGCCGCCUCCCUGGUGGACGCCCUGCUCUUCAUCCAGUACCUGGCUCUGGUGCUGCUGGAGGUCCGACACCUGCAGCCGGCUUUUUGCCUUAAGGUGGUCCGCAGCACGGAUGGAGCCAGCAAGUUUUACAACGUGGGUCAUCUCAGCAUCCAGCGAGCCGCCGUCUGGGUGCUGGACCGGUAUUACAGCGACUUCUCCGUCUACAACCCUGCCGUGGUCAACCUUCCCAAGUCCAUUUUGUCCAAGAAGAUGACCGGAUUCAAGGUUUACUCCCUGGACGAAAGCACCACCAAUAACUCCACGGGCCAAUCACGGGCCAUGAUCGCGGCGGCUGCCAGGAGGAGGGAUAACUCCCACAACGAGUUUUACUACGAGGAGGCUGAGAUGGAGCGCAGGAUCCGCAAACGCAAGGCCAGGCUGGUCGUAGCGGUGGAAGAGGCCUUCACGCACAUCAAGCGUCUCCACGAGGACGAGGUGGCCUCGUCUCCCAAACACCCCAGAGAGGUGAUGGACCCCAGGGAGGCCGCCCAGGCCAUCUUCGCCCCGAUGGCCCGGGCCAUGCAGAAGUACCUGAGGACCACGCGGCAGCAGGCCUUCCACAGCAUGGAGAGCAUCCUCACACACCUGCAGUUCUGCAUCACCCACAACAUGACGCCCAAGGCUUUCCUGGAGCGAUACCUCACCCCGGGCCCCACCAUGCAGUACCAGCAGCAGAGCGGCAGGGGGCGCCAGUGGACUUUGGUGAGCGAGGAGCCGGUCACCUCGGGCAUCCGGCAGGGCCUGGUCUUCUCGCUGCGGCGGCUGGACUUCUCCCUGGUCGUCACGGUAACGCCGCUUCCUUUCCUGCGGCUCGGGGAGGAGUUCAUCGACCCGAAGAGCCACAAGUUCGUCAUGCGGCUGCAGUCGGAGACCUCGGUGUGAGGCCAGCGGAUGAACUUUCCCUCUUUGAUCCUGCAGCUCGCUCCUCCUGGAUGUGACAGGACACUUGAUUGUCCCCCCCCCCCCCCCCCCCUCUAUGACAGAAACCAAUCAGACGGAGGAGUGCAGCUUUUCUGAUCAUCACACUGGGGUCUGAGUUUGUAUCAGACCCAGAUAAAAUGAGCAGAGGCGUUUUCGCCACCAGAGUUUUCUUUUUCACAAGGUUUGUCUUUAACCACUGAGCUACGGCGGUGCGGUGACUCAACACACGAACGCAAGAGGAAGGAGGGGUUUACGUCACAGCUGUCACUUCCUCUCUCUCCAUCUCUCUCUCUCUCUCUGUGCAGCGCUGGUGGGGAUGCUUUCUGUGACACGGACCUGCUUUUUACAUGAGAGCCAGUGUGGCUUUUAUUGUUUUAAACUACAGAAUGUAGCAUCAUGUGCCGUGUGUAGAUGUCUGUUUUUGAUGAUGCAGCCUUUUU